CUUUUCCAUUUUCGUUUCCCUCCCUCCGCUCCUCCGUCGGGUUCCCUCGCCGCGUCUUCUCCGGCGCGGGACCGCAGGACCCGCAAGGAGAAGGCGGGCCUCGUCGGCCCGGGAAACUUCAGUCCUCGAGCUCCCGCUCCGAUCCUCCCGCUGCCGCCGGCGACAGCGACAGAUUCGGCACUGUUGCAGCUUGUUUGUUCCUGCUUCGUCGUCGGUUCAAGCGCUGAUCGGUCCUUCGGGCGGUGAGGUUUAGUAUGUAAAAUGGCCGAUAACGAAAGAGAUGAAGUACCAAUGCUGUUGGAGAUGCAGCACCAAUUAUCGGAUGAUUCUAACAGUUCUCGAUGUCAGGCAUUUGUAUCUAGGACCCACAGCGCAUCGAUGUCCAUCUUUAUGAGCUCCAUGGAGUCACAUGAAAAUAUACCUAAUCUAGUAGGUUAUACUGGACCUCUAAGGAGUGGAAACAGGAUGCCUUUUCCACAAAUGGGCAGCCCUUGGUACAUCAGUCAUGGACCUGAAAAGACAGACAGGCGUAACCACGGUGUGCCUGGAAGCAAGGUAGUGGAGUCACAAUAUAUGCAAGAAAAAUUCUCUUCUUUUGGUAUAAAGGAUCGUAUCGACUCCACUGAUGACCACUAUGCUGCUAAAAAUGAGCAUUUACUGAGGUCUGGGCAACUGGGGAUGUGCAAUGACCCCUACUGAACAACUUGUCCCUCAUAUUAUAAUAAAAGAGCGCAACAUAUGAGUUUCAAAAGUUCAAGUAUAUUUGGUCCCAAGGAAAUUCAUAAAGAGCCUUUGAUUUGGCUUUAGGCCAAAGCAAACUCUGCCUAAGAUUUCAGAAGUUGGUCGCAGUAUCAUGCAGUUUCACAAUGCUCUUUAUGGGGAUGGCAAAGGUUGGGCAAGGAGGUUCUUCUCUGAUGUCAGUGCCCACAUUCCUGGCAUUAUGAAUCCUCCUGCUCAAGUUGUCCAGCGGUGGAAUAAAUUUUUUGUCAUUUCUUGCCUGGUGGCUGUCCUUAUAGACCCAUUAUUCUUCUUCUUGCUGUCUGUUCAAAAGGACAAUAUGUGUAUAAUUUUAAACAAGCCCAUGACAACAACAAUCGUUGUUUUCCGAAGUGUGACGGACUUCAUAUACCUAUUGCACAUUCUUCUUCAGUUUAGGUUGGCUUACGUAGCUCCCGAGACUAGAGUGGUUGGUGCUGGAGAUUUAGUUGACCAUCCAAAAAGAAUUACUCUGAAUUAUCUACGAGGAUACUUCUUCAUAGAUCUUUUUGUUGCAUUUCCACUUCCGCAAAUAUUGAUAUUGCAAGUUGUACCAAGAUUCAGGGUUUCAUCUGCAAGAAAUUAUGAAAAAACUCUUUUAUGCGUAGGCGUUUUUGUCCAGUACAUUCCUAGAUUAUAUCGAGUUUUGCCCUUACUUGUGCGUCAGUCUCCUACUGGCUUCAUUUUUGAGUUAGCAUGGGCAAAUUUUGUCAUCAAUCUUCUCAUGUUUGUGUUAGCUGGCCAUGUUGUUGGACCAUGCUGGUACCUUCUUGGGCUACAGGUGGGUGGCACCAUUUGUUUUUUCUGCCUAAUUAGUUCUUAUGUAUUAGAACCCCAGAAGAGUAAGGAUAGUGUGUUGAACUUUUGCUAAAAGACUCAUUACCAUCACAAUGCCUCUUUGUUUAGUUGGUAAUGCUAAUUUCUGUUGCCUUUCUAUUUGAUUGUGGGAGUAUAUCCUUUCUGUAAGAUACUCAAUGGGGUUGAGCUUGUUCAGGACCUAUUUCAGGCAGCGAUUGUUUGCACUUAAACAAUAAAGUCAAGCCCAUGUCUAUGGAUUGA